AUGGAGUCAACUCGGGUGUUUGUUAGUGGCCUUCCGCCAUCUUGCUCCAAUGACCAGCUUCGCAGUCAUUUUGCAGGACGAUUUCAGGUCACGGAUGCCCAUGUGUUGCCAAAGCGCCGCAUGGGCUUCGUUGGCUUCAAAAGCAAUGAAGUUGCCAAGGAAGCUGCACGCUACUUCAACAGGACAUACAUGAGGAUGUCCAAGAUCUCGGUAGAUCUUGCUCGACCGAUUGAUUCCAAGUCGGACAAGGCUCACCCCACACGGAGACUUGAUGCACAGGAGACUGCUGACAAUGCGCUCAAGCGCAAGAGGGACGCCGAGAAAAAGGCAGAUGACCCCAAGCUGAAGGAGUAUAUGUCUUUGAUGGCCAACUCCAAGACCCGUACCUGGGCGAAUGAUGACAUGAUCCAGCCGUCAGAGCAGCCUUCACGGGCCAUUAACCAAGCAAGUGAGGAUAACAGUGUAACUGAGGAGCUACCUUCACAUCCGAAGAAAGCCCGGACACAGGAACCUGCUGCCAAAGAGCUACCUCAGCCCAUGCCUGUGGAUAGCGCUGCGGAUGAUGGUGAAGCGUCACCUGCUCAGGAAGAGAAGGAGGCACAAGAACAAGAAGCCGGUCCGGUAUCGGAUGCUGACUGGCUCCGGUCCAAGACAAGCCGCCUCUUGGGUCUUCUUGAUGAGGAUGAGCAGGCUGAUUUCGAAACACAUAAGGUUGAGGAACCGGUCGAGCCACCCCGUCGGACCAAUAUUGAAUCCCGCACUGCGGCAAUCGAGAACAUCGGGUCCGAGGAUGUCAUGACCGAGCCCGCAACUAAUGAUGACGAUGCAGUCGAAGACAUCCCCGAUCGGGAAGAGCAGGAACCGAUCAAUGAUCAAAAUAUUGAUUUGAUUCGUGCCUCUGCCCGUUUGUUCCUCAGGAACUUGGCCUACGACAUCAAAGAGGAUGAUCUCCAGCCUCUCUUUGCUCCAUAUGGAAAACUCGAAGAGAUUCAUGUGGCUUUCGAUACUCGCACUGAGACAAGCAAGGGUUUUGCCUAUGUGCAGUAUGCAGAUGCGGAUGGUGCUAUUGAUGCCUAUAAGGACCUCGAUGGCAAGCACUUUCAAGGUCGUAUCUUGCACAUCCUCCCGGCCUCCGAGAAAAAGACGUACAAGAUAGAUGAAUACGACUUGUCGAAGCUUCCAUUGAAGAAGCAAAAUCAGAUUAAGCGGAAAAUGAAUGCUACAUCUUCCACGUUCAGUUGGAACUCCCUCUACAUGAACGUAAGUUGA